GCUAACAACACUUGCGAAUGCUUUGACAGACAACCUAACUCAUCUGAAACACGCGCAGUAAAGCAGGAUAAGGCUACAAAACUGGGCAAAAUGCCUUUCGAAAGAUAUACAGUUCGUUGACGUAGGACGUUGUUUAUGACAGUCAAAAGCUGCCUCAGAUUACCCAGCUACUGGUUUGAUAAAUUAUCCUAGUUAGCUCACAAGCUAAGUCGCUAGUUGUCUAGCAUUAGCCAGCUUUCUAACGUUGGCUAACUAGCUACGAUCUGUAACAGGCUGUAUGUGGGUGACAGCUCGGCUGAUUGUAAUUCCGGACAAAAAAAGCUGAAAAAAGAAAGGGGAUGGUGCAGCCCCAACCUGAUGGCCCAAUGCAGUGGGAAAUGUCAGGAGAGGAGAGUGGAGGGGCACUACGGGUCCCACCAGAGCUGGCUGCGAAUGAAGUGGUGACCAGGCUGCUGGGUGACAACCAGCAGCUGAGAGAGGCGUUGCGGCGGAGCAACCUGGCUUUGCGUCAGCGCUGUGAGGAGAUGGAGGGAUGGCAGCGCAGGACAAGAGAAGAACGAGAAUUUCUCAGCUGUCGUUUUCAGGAGGCCAGGGCCCUGGUGGAGAGGCUGGCCCAGGAGAACCACUCCUUACAGGGCUUGGUGAACGGACCAGCCUCCUCCUCUAACAACUGCUGCAGCUCCAGCCAGACUGAAGACCUGCAGGGGCACCCAGCGAGGAACGGACCGCUGGAUGGACCACAGACUCUCGAUCAGCAGGAAAUGAAGAGAGUUGCAGAGACGGAUCAACACACACAGACCACACCACCUCGCAGCCUGGUUGAUGCAAAUAGCUCCUUAUGUAGUGCCCUCCCCUCUCCCCCCACCUCACUUUCAGAGGUAGGGGGGGAGAUAAUGAGCAGGGAGAAUGGCCAGCCCGUGGAAGGUGCAAACGAGUUCCUCCAGUUGCUGAAAAGCCACAAAGAAAAACUGGAGGAAGGGAUGCGGGAGCUGAGGAGGAAGAAUGAUGAGCUGGAGAGAGAGAGGGAUGAGGGAGAGAAAGAGAGAGAGCGAAUGCGGCGCUGCAUUGACCAGCUACGGGCCAAACUGGCCCAGGCACAGGCAAACAGUGUUACUGAGGAGGUAGUUCAACAUCGCUCUGAGGCACAGCACUCCUCUGACUGCUCUAGUCUGGCUAAACUCACAGAGCAGCUUCAGGCCACACAGGGCAGGUAUCGUGAGUUGGAGGAGAAGCUUGAUUAUCUGCAGAAGAGUUCAGCUCAGCGGGACAGAACUGAAGCUCUCCUCAAACAGAAGGACAAGGACUGUGCCCAGCUGGCAAAGGACUGUGAGGCGCUGAAAGCUCAAGCAACAUCCCUGUUAGGCGAACUGAAUGAGAGACAGAGCUGCCUGGACAAAAGCGAGCACGAACGCAAGAUGUUGGAAGAAAAGCUGUGCAGUAAGAUGAAGGCCCUGCAGGUGGCAGAGCGGGAGCUGGAGCAGCAGAAGAAGCAGCAUCAUGUGGCCAUGGACAAGCUGCUACUGCAGACCCAGAGCCUGGAGCAGGCCCUGAAGACAGAAAGACAUGUUGUCACAGAGGAGAAGAAGAAACUGACACAACUGCAGCAUGCCUACACAUGUCUUUUUAGAGACUACGAUUCUAAACUAAAGACUGAGGGAGGAGAUCUGUGCAGUCGGCUAGAGGAGGCCGAGAGAGCGCUGGCCCUGAAGCAGGACCUGAUUGAUAAACUGAAGGAGGAGGUGGAGCAGCAGAAAGGCUCACUGGAGACUGUUCCUGUCCUCACUGUACAGGCUGAGAUAUUCAAGGGAGAUUUCCUAGCGGAGCGAGAAGCGAGAGAGAAGCUGAACCAGAAGAAGGAGGAGCUGCAGGAACAGCUGACUCAGGCUCUGUCUGAGAUCGACAGGCUCAAACAGGAAGCCACGUCACGUGCACGUAUGGAGCAAAUGAAGCUGAGACACCUGGAAGACUUUCCAACACGGGCCCCAAACAUUCCCCCUCUACAAGGUGUGUUCCCUGGUGCAGCUUUUAACACAGCGCCCCCUGCCCCCUCGUUCCGCAAUCAAGGCUUGGCACCAGUAGGUGAUCAAGGGGCAGUUGGAACUGAGGAGCUACCAGAUUUAUGUUGUCCAAAGUGCCAUUACCAGGCUCCAGAUAUGGACACGCUGCAGAUACAUGUCAUGGACUGUAUACAGUAACAUGAGCUUCAUUCAGCACACCAUGACACCAAUGCACACAUACAGAUAUACAGUAUAUACAGUAUAUUUACAUUUUCUGACGUUGAGCGUGUCUGUUCCCAGCUCCAGGCACACCCUGGGAAAACAUCUUUGGUAGUUGCACCUUACUCUCUCUGCCAUGCAAACACACACACACACACACACAAACCUGAAUACACACCAUGCUACCAUUUUAAAAAUAUGUUGAAAUCAAGACAAGUGGCAAUCAGAUGACAGCAAGAUAAUCAGCGUGGUAUUUUCCUAGAACUGCUCAAUGGAUUCACAUUCUGUUGUAGCUUUUCCAUUCCACAAUGCAACCUUUUCAUGUCAUCCAUUUUUCUCCUGGCACCUGCUCUUUUAAUUCCCUCUAACCCUCCCCCCAUGCCUGCCUCUGAUCAGCACCCCUGAGCUCUUUACUCGGUCUCAAUUCUCGCCCCUCUUCACUGAAGUGGUGUAGUGGCAACUGAGGAGGUACCUGCAUACUGUGGAGUAAUGGUGUAUACUUUCACUGCCUCAUCCAUGUUAUACACAUCAGUAUGCACUGGGCCUAAGGUGAAAAAAUGACAGUUUAGAGGGGUACCUUUCCCCUCAAAGGAGAAAACAUAUGACAAUGUGAAUAACCCAGUGAGCUUUAAAUAAUAUAGAAUAGUCAGAUACGUUUUGGUUAUAAAUGUUGCUGUCUGCAUUACCUCAAAACACGUAUUAUUAUGUAUUAGAGAUGGAUUUACGCUUAUUGAAAAAAGUAGCCAUUCUCUGUGGUCUGUGCCUGUGUACACGUUUGACUGCACCACUGCUUUGUCUUUGAUGAUAGCCUGACCCUUAACCCAACAUAACCCUUUUGUGCCCCUUAUUCUGUCUUAUCUUUACCUGUGGCACCAGCGGUUUAUCUGUCUGAAGGUCAGCACAUUUACGGUCCUUCACAGUUUGUGUGACUUGUCUGUAAUUAAAGAUCAUUUGGUGCAAAGAAUAUUGUUUCAAACUGUUGAAAAUUUACAUAAUAAAUCAGUUAUUCAUUGUCCCUUGUAUGUAUUUUG